AUGAAUAAGUGUAUGUACCUUCGAACCACAGAAACAUUAUCUCAUCUUUCUCAUGGCAUUUUCCAUAUCUUCGACUUCACCUUUUCCUCGUGCAAACCCUCCCAACCCUAGAACCCAGAAACGAAAUUCUCAUAUUAUCAAGUGUGAAUCAAAAGAGGAAUCAGAAUCGCUAGCAAGAAGAUCAAAACUUGAGAUAGGAUCUCCUGUCAUUGUCAUCGAAGCACCGAGAAUGGUUAAAACGGCAGCAUCAAUGCCAUGCCUGAGAGUUAAUUCUGGCUUAAUCAAGCCUGGUGACGUGGGAAGAAUCGUUUCAAGGAAGCCUAAGGAUUUAUGGGCAGUUCGUCUAAGCAUUGGGACCUAUCUCAUUGAUGGGAAAUAUUUCAAGGCCUUGGAGCUUGAUGAGUAAUCGGAGACAGCCAUGAGUUUGUAUAAGAACACCAUUUUCAUCAACAUAUAUAAGAUUUUUCUGUGAUAACUGUAAAAUUACUUGGUUUUAAUAACGUAUCUUUUAUCCUUUAAA